AUGGCCUAUUUCGAUAAUUAAACAAGCAAAGGAGAGCUAUACGAUUUGGAGCAGGAAUUAAAUUCUGAUGAAUUUGAAACAAAAUUGUAUGCCGUCAAGAAAAUUAUAGCAAAUAUGACAGUCGGAAAAGAUGUUUCACCUCUAUUCCAAUCUGUCUUAAAAUGCCUUUAAUACCCUGAUAUCUAGUUAAAAAAAUUGGUCUAUUUGUAUAUUAUCAAUUACUCUCGUGACAAGCCUGAUGAUUCAAUUAUGGUUGUCAAUCUUUUUAGAAAAGAUAUGGAAAAUAAAGGAAAUCCUUUGUUAAGAGCAUUAGCAGUUAGGACUAUUGGUUGUUUGAGAGUGCACAAAUUAAAUGAAUAUUUAGUUUCUCCUCUCAAAAAUUGUUUAGAAGAUGUAGAACCCUAUGUCAGAAAAACAGCUGCUUUGUGUGUACCUAAAGUCUAUGAAGUUUCCCCUUAGUUAAUAGAAGAAGCUGGGUUAAUAGCUAUGAUGCAAUAAUUGUUAAAUACAGAAUCAAAUGGUUUAGUUUUAGCAAAUCUUCUAUUGUCAUUAUAAGAAAUAUCAUAUAUGAAGGGACAGUUAAUACCAACAAUAAACUCAGAUAAUUUGAAGAAGCUGCUUGUUGCUAUUAAUGAAUGCGCAGAAUGGGGUUAGAUAUCUAUUUUAGAUUAGCUUGCAGACUACUAAGCAGCAAAUGACCAAGAAGCAGAAUUGAUUAUAGAAAGAGUUCUUCCAAGAUUAAAUCAUAUUAAUCCUGCAGUAGUUUUAAGCACUAUCAAGGUUGUUUUAAGAUUCCUUGAAUAUAUCACUAAAAAUGAAUUAGUUGACAGUAUUUUAAAGAAACUCUCUCCAUCUUUAGUUUCCCUUUUGAAUUGGGAUAAGCCCGAAGUCAAAUAUGUUAUUCUAAAAUCCAUUUUGCACAUUCUCCAAAAGAGACCUAAUAUUAUGGAUCAAAAGUUGAAAUCCUUUUUCUGCUUUUUCAAUGAACCUUACUAUGUGAAAAACGAGAAAUUGGAAGUAUUAGUCAAAAUAUGUAAUGAGAAGAAUUUAGAUGAUUUAUUGAAUGAAUUAAGUGCCUAUGUUGCAGAAUCUGAUACUGAAUUCGUUAAAAGAUCUAUUAAAGCUCUUGGAAGUAUUGCAGUUAGAUAUGAUUAAGCUUGUGAUAAGGCAUUCUAAAUUAUUGUAGAAGUCAUUAAAAACAUCCAAUCAAGUUAAAAUGUACACUCUUGCUCUGAAUAUAUUCAAGAAAUUUUUAUUACUCUUCAGAAGAUCUUCCGUAAAUAUAGAGUCAUAAAUCCUAAAAAUAGAGAUACGAUGAAACUCAUAACACCUUUAAUCAGUGAGACUUAUGAUCCAAGAUCUAAGGCUUCAGCUGCAUGGAUAGUUGGAGAAUAUGCAGAGUAUAUCGAUGACUCUCUUUAAAUUAUUUAAAAGAUGGCAGAAAACUUUUCUUAAGAAGAAAGACUCGUCUAGUUAGAAAUUUUGACUGCAUCAGUUAAAAUUUUUGUUAAAUAUCCAUAAGAUUCUUAAUAACUUAUCAUUCAUCUUCUUUAAGUAGCAGCUGAAGACAAUUAAAAUCCUGAUGUUAGAGAUAGAGCUUACAUGUACUGGAGAAUGUUAGCUACAGAUCCUAAGAAGACCUAAGACACUGUUUUAUGCAACAAGCCUAAAAUAGAAGAACUAAAGAUUGUUACUGAUCCUGAAUUCAUUGAAAAAAUGAUUUUAACUUUAGGUUGUGUAAGUUCAAUUUUCUCUAAAGUGCCAGAAGAAAUGUUCAAGCAUGAAUCGAUAAUGAGAAGAAAACCUAUUAUUAUCAACAUUGAAAAUCUCAAGAAAGAAAUAAGUUAAAAGAAUAAUACAAGCAGUAUUUCAUCAGAAAAAAGCAAUGAAGCAAAAGCUCCAAGCUCUUAAGGAAAUAUUGAUCUUUUAGAUGUAGGUGAUCAUCAACCAUAAACAACUCCUGAAAUUGCUUAGCCUGAAUUAAAAACUUCUAAAACAUAAGAUUUGAUUGAUUUAAUUGAUGCAAAUGACAAUGUUGCUCCUGUUUAACAAAUUCCAAAUUAAAUAAGCAGUCCAACAUAAUAAUAAAGUGGAUUAGAUUUAUACAACAUGUCUGGAAUUUAGUUUUAACAACCUACAACUACUAUCACUUCUCAACCUGCUCCACCUAUUUAAAUUUAACCUCUAGGUGGAUAAUCAGUUGAAGUUGAUAUGUUUGGAGAUCCUAUCAUUCCUUCUUAACAACCAUAAAUUGAAUCAUUUACUGAAGUACCUGCAGAAGAAGUACUCAAAUAAGACGUGAAGGGUAAUGCUGGUUAGAGUGGAUUAAGCGUAAAGGCUAACUUUAUAAAUGAAAAUAAUACAGUUUACUUAAAUUUAGUUAUCACAAAUCAUACACAAGUUGCAAUAAGCAAUUUCCUAUUGUAAAUGAGAUAAAACUACUUUGGAUUUAAGCCAGAAGCCUUCCCUAAUGUUUCAUUAAAUCCUCUAACAACUUAAGCUUUUAAAAUAAAAAUUAACAAUUCAGGAAAUAAAGAUCCAAAUCCUCCUUCUAUUCCACUUCUUUUUACAGUUGGAUUAAAAUGUAGUUUGGAUGUUUUCUUAUUCUAAGUCCCAUGUUUAUAUCACAUUUUUAUGUUGCCAGAUGGCGAAUUAACUAAAGAAGAUUUCAAAAAGUUUUGGAUGGGCUAACCAGAAUUAUCUUUUGAAGUAAAAAACAAUUUCAAUAAAAACUAUUAUCAAGAAAAUGUAAUUAAAGCUCAUUUGAAAAGAAAUAAUAUAUUCCAUGUUGCAACUCGUCCAUCUCCUUCAGGACAAGGAACUUUCUUCUUUUCUUGUAAAACUGGAGAAGAUUUUAUAUUUUGUAUAGAAAUUAGCUAUGUAAGCGAUACUUCUUGUAAAGUUAUAUGUAAGUCGAAACAUUAGAACUUUAUCCCUCUUGUUCUUUAGCUUUUCAACUUCUUACUUACAAGAUAAUGA